AUGCUGCGGUACUUGCUGAAGACGCUGCUGCAGCUGAACCUGUUCGCCGACUCGCUGGGAGCCGAGGGCUCCAAUUCCUCUGACCCCAACGGUACGGGUCCCGCGCUCCGUCUCACCCCCGGGAACGGUUCCCACCCCCUGCUGGAGGACACAGCCCCCCGCAUUGUGCAGCACCCAACGGACCUCCUAGUGCUCAGGGGAGACCCAGCCACCCUGCACUGCCGGGCCGAGGGCCGCCCAGCACCUGCAGUGGAGUGGUACAAGGAUGGGGAGCGGGUGGGGACGGGGCGGGAGGACCCCCGCUCCCACCGCACCCUCCUGCCAGGGGGGUCCCUCUACUUGCCCCGUAUCCUCCCUGGCCGGCGUGGCAGGACUGAUGAGGGCGUCUACGUCUGUGUAGCCAGGAACUACCUGGGGGUGGCCACCAGCCGCAAUGCCUCGCUGGAGCUGGCUGUGCUGCGGGAAGAUUUUCAGCGACCCCCUGGGGAUGUGGAGGUGGCCUCGGGUGACCUGGCUGUCCUGGAGUGUGUCCCCCCUCGUGGCCACCCCAAGCCCAGCAUCACCUGGAAGAAGGAUGGUGCCUGGCUGGGUGAUGGGGAUGAGCGCCUGACGAUCCACGGUGGGAAGCUGAUGGUGGCCCCUGCACGCAAGAGUGACACCGGCCUCUAUGUCUGCGUGGCCACCAACGCGGCGGGGGAGCGGGACAGCGCUCCCGCCCGCCUGCUGGUCCUGGAGCGCCCUGCUUUUGACCGGCGACCCCAGGACCAGGCAGUGCUGGCAGGGGGGACAGCUGAGUUCACCUGCCAGGCUGGGGGGGACCCCCAGCCCACCAUGCAGUGGUACAAGGAGGAGGGCACCAUACCGGCAGGGAGGUGGGAUGUGCUCCCUGACAACACCCUGCAGCUGUGGGCUCUGCAUCCAGAGGACGAGGGCACCUACACCUGUGUGGCUGACAAUGGGGUGGGCCGUGCCCAGGCCUCAGCCACCCUCACUGUCCAUGUGCCCCCCCAGCUGGUCACCGGCCCCCGCGACCAGAGUAUCACCCCUGGGCAGAGUGUCACCUUCUCCUGCCACACCAGGGGCAACCCCCCACCCGCCAUCUUCUGGCAGAAGGAAGGCACCCAGACCCUGCUGUUCCCAGGCCAGCCCCCCUCACCCAGCGCCCGCCAUUGGGUGUCCCCUGCUGGGUCCCUCACCAUUGUCAACGUCACCCGUGCGGACGCUGGCUCCUACCUGUGCCAGGCCCUCAGCGUGGCUGGCAGCCUGCUGGCCCGGGCCAGCCUGCAGGUGGCCCAGGAAAUUCCUGCUUCUUCCCCCCGCCCGCCGGUGAUCCGUCGGGGGCCCGGCAACCGGAGGGUUCUGCCAUGCCGGGGGGUGCAUGGUGGGGACCCUCCCACCAGCGGGGGGGCGCAGAAGGAUGGGAAUGCCCUGGGUGGGGCCCAGCCCCACGUCAGCCUGCUGGAGAACGGCACCCUGCAGAUCAGUGGGUUGAAGUUGGUGGAGUUGGGGCACUACGACUGCGUGGCCACCAGCCCGGUGAGCAAGAUGAGCUGGGGUGGCUCCCUGGAGGUACAAGGUAACGGAUCAGACAUCUCCCCACUGUCUCCUGAACCUGGUGCUCUCCCUGGGCCACCCUCCACCCCUGUGGUCACCAACAUCACUGAAAGCAGCGUCACCCUCAGCUGGAAAGGAAACGAGGACAGCAGUGCCACCAAUGUCACCUCCUACAUUGUGGAGGCUUUCAGCCAGGCAGCGGGUGGCCCAUGGCAGACAGUGGCAGCUGACGUGGAAGGUGAGAGCCACACGGUGAGCGGCCUCAUUCCUGACACCAUCUACCUCUUCUUGGUGCGGGCAGCCAACGCCCACGGGCUCAGCGACCCCAGCGGCCUCUCAGAGCCUGUGCGCACCCAAGCAGCCACCAGCCCUGUGCAGGCAGGGCUGGACCUGGAGAGGGUACAACAGGAGCUGGCGCAGGUGACUGUGCACCUGCUGGAGCCUGUGGUGCUGCUGCCAGGCACCGUCCGCCUCUCUUGGACUGUGGAGCACCAAGCACCUUCCCUUGAGGGCUACAGGGUGCUGCUGCGGCGGGGUGGUGGGCGCUGGGAGGAGGCACGGGUGGCACGGGGAGACCGGGGGGUCCUGCUCACCCACCUGCGCCGUGGCCAGGACUACCAGGUCAAGGUCCAACCCUACUUCCACCACCUCCAUGGCCCUGAUAGCGCCGUGCGCACCCUUAGCAUCCCGGAGGCAGCCCCCAGUGCCCCGCCACAAGCCAUCAGAGUGGCUGGGAAUGGCACCAGCAUCCGCAUUUCGUGGCAGCCGCCACCGCCAGCUGAGCAGAAUGGCAUCAUCCGUGACUACCGGAUCUGGUGCUUGGGCAAUGAGAGCCGCUUCCACAUCAACCAGAGUGUGGAGGGGACAGUACUGGCGACAGUGCUGCAGGGACUCGUCCCCGGUGUCCCUUACCAUGCCCAAGUCGCCGCUGCCACCAGCGCUGGUGUGGGCACCCGCAGUGCCCCCGUCCCCAUCCUUGUCGCCCCCCCGGUGGAGCAGGAUGUGGGGCUGGCAGGUGGCAGCAGCGUAGCUCAGAGCUUGGCUGAGGUGGCACGUCGCCCGGCCUUCAUUGCUGGCGUUGGCAGCGCAGGCUGGCUCAUCCUGGCAGCCUUGGCCAUGUGGCUCUACGGCCGCCGGCGCAGGAAGAAGGAGCUGAGCCACUUCACUGCAUCCUUUGCCUACACGCCUGCUGGUGAGCCUAGAGGCUCCGCUGGGACUCACCGCUGCCCCUCGCCCCCAUCCCUUUCUGCAGUCACCUUCCCAAUGCCCCCAAUACCAGCCCAUGACACCCCUGCUGGUGGUUACCCAUGGCUGGCAGAUGCCUGGCACAGUGGUGUGACCAGUAGCUUGGGGACCACCGACAGAUACUACAAUGAUGCUGGCAUCACCCGUUACAUUGCCCAGAUGGAGCCAUUUGGGGUCGGGGCUGGUGAGGGGCUGGUUUACGGCACACUUGAGGUGGGGGAUGAGGAGCUCGGCACCCUCCCCCGCCACUUCUUGCAGCAUGGGACCCCCUACCCUGGGGGGGGUCCCCAACCCAUGGAUGCCGCAGCCCCCCACGGACGGGUCGAGCAUGGAGCCAAGGGGACGAAGCUGGGGCAGACAGUAAAGCCACCAGUGGUAACUUGGACAGAGGUGAAGCCACCAGUGGUGAGUUGGACAGAGCUGCUGCCCCCACCACCUUCGGACAGCGAGCUGAGCCACUGUGCCCAGGAGGAGGAUGAAGAGGAAGAGGCAGCUGGAGGGUUGGGGACAGAGGAGUGGUGCGCCAGUGAGGACAUCCCCUGUGCCACCGCUACACCCUCGCCUGCCGCCUCCUCCCGAUCCAUGGCCAUGCUGACACCAUCGCCCCGCACCACUGAGGACACCCCCUGCCUCCAUGACUUCCAGAGCCCCCGCCUGCUCUGGAGCGCCCCCCCCAGUGCUGGCACCUCCUGUCCGGACACUGUUGAGGCCCCUACACCCCGAGCCCGCUGCCCACUGGGCACAGGGACAACCCGUGGGGACACCCCAAAAAGUCGCCUGAAGCCCAAAUGCAGCCACUACCGUCAGGAAAAGCCACCAGGAGAGCUGCCACCGCCGCCAGUGCCACCACCAGGCCAGACCCCCAGCGCCUUGCCAGAGCCUAGCAGGGCCCACCACCAGGCCACCCCCAAUGAGCUCAUCCCCUAUGGCAAGGGAGCUCAAACCCCUAUGCCAGGCCGGCCCCAGGGUCAAGCAUCUGGUGGUGGCUCCACUGCUGGCAGCAUCUCAUCCAGAGGCUCCACCAGCUCCCGUGGCCAUGGAUCAGGGUGCAGCAGGACCACAGGGGACCGCAGCCACCGCCAUCGCCCGGGGCCACCUGCAACCUGCCCCACACAGGACAAGUGA